AUGGUAUUUAUACUUACAAUAGGACGACUUCCGAGUGCUCUUGAUACGAUAGGAUCAGUCAAGGAACGUAUUGCCAUAUUUGAAACACUUUCAGUGGAUGAGAAACUUGUUUCAACUCGUAAGGCAGAUAAUCUGUCAGAAUUAGCGAAAGUUCCAAAGCGUGAGAGGUACAGUCUUUUUCGCGAAGGCCCUAGUGAACCUCAUGAUGAACCGAAAAUAGUGCCUUGCAAGCCGGGAAGUGAUCAAUUCGAUAUAAAAGAGACUGCAACACAGCCAGCCAUUUCCAAUGAAUUAAAAGACAAAGAUGUACGGAUCAGGGAACUUGUUCUGAAAUCCAUCCAAUUGAAAGAUGAGAAAUCACUGAUGCGGAAGCGCCUCCCAAAGCAAUUUGAAGUCACAAGAAAAGAAAUCCAAUCAAAAGGACAUGUUUCUGUAACAAAGAAAACCCUUUUAGUAGGUGUAACACUAGAUUCCGAAAGUACUACUUGGAAAAAAAUACUGAUUCCAACUGAAUACUUUGGACUAGAAAAAUUUCUUCUGGAAAACGAAACUGUAAAAGAUAAAACAUUUAUAUUCCAGCAUAUUAAAGGACUUUCUAUGCAAAAACUGAAGUUCAAGAAAAAUGGACGCAUGCUUUCUGAAGAAUUAACUGAGAGAAGUGAUAUGUAUACUCGGAUGGUGAAAGGUGAAGAAUACCCGAGUAAGGGUGUUAGUUGUUAUACAUUUGCAACAACAUGUGCUAGUGAAAGACUGGAACUAGAUUUCUUAAAAAAUAGGAAUGGUGAACCCGAAAUGAUUGUUCUGUAA